AUGCUCUCAAUUCGAAGUUUACCCCAGGAGCUGACCGACAUGGUAAUUGAACAUGUCGUCGACCGAGACGACAAGAAACAAUGCGCCCUUGUUUGCCGUUCCUGGCGAGUUGCGAGCCAACGCCAACUCUUCGCCCACCUGGAUUUCAUGAUCAACCAGAUGAUGCCAGUUGCCGCCAGCCCCACGGCGCGCUUCCAUGAAGCCCUCGCCCAUUCCCCCCACUUAACCAAGUACGCUUUGCACAUAUGCAUCCUUAUAAUCGGAUUCGACGAUGAACACGGGCACUCCAAGGCACAACAGCAGCUCUUCGUCUCAAUGCUCCCAAAAUUCAGAAGGGUCGCAUCCAUGGAAAUACAUUCCCCGUUCCCCACGAAUUUUAGCCGUUCCGUAGACACCUCGUUGCUAGCCGCGGUGCACUGUAUGUUGUCUUCCCAACUCAAACGAUUCGGUCUCGUUGGAUUGUGGGAGUUCAACAAUCUCCUGGGGUUGCUGAAGCUUCUGGGUACCGACUUACCCUCCCUCGAAUCCCUCACUCUAGGAGAUAUACUCAUUCUCGACGACGACGAAGAAGAUUGGGAUGUAACGUAUUCCGAUGGAGCACCCAUUGUUAUCCAAUUUCUGCGGCUCACGCUCACUUAUCUCCCCCCAUUGAUUGGCUGGUUCUCAAGACACAGACGCAAGAUCAUCGUGGACGACCUCCAUCUGAACUACCUAGAUGAAGACGCUGCUGACGAAUUGCUGAACAUAUUGUCCCCAAACCUCAGAACCCUAACAUUGUGUCCUAGUGAGGGUGGGGAUACCACACGCAAUAUCGAUUCUCCCUUCAGGCUGACAGCAUCUCUAGGUCGCAUUAUCCCCUACAAUUUCAAGCUCAGUACCUUCCCCCUGCUCAACAAGCUUUCUAUCCCCUUGCUCGAGUUGUGGCCAGUCCCACUGCUAGAACGGCCCGAUCCCGACAACAUUAUCCAAUAUAUCGAGCUCAGAGCCACCCUUGUGUUGAUUGCCUCUUCACCAGCCUUGUGCCAUCGACUGGACGACCUAUUAUCUUCAUCCUUUCCCCGUCUCAUAAGUGUUACCAUUGUCUCAGAAGGCGAUAUCCACCAGAACGUUGAAAUGAAGCCCAUCAGACGAUAUCUACGCAAGCUCAUCGAUCUAGGGAAGCUUCUUAUACGUUUAUCCACCGGUCAAAUACUCUCUUCGAGCGACGUAAUCGAGCGUUCGGCCCAGAUGUACUAUCCUGGCGAUUUCCCUUUCUUCAUCGAUACUCUCGAAACGCUCUCCUCUCCCCCAACGACGCCUCAACUACUCCCCUCAUUAGCUUCUAUCUUACCCGACGCGAUGCAACCUCUGACUGAGGUCGAACGGGAAGUGGGUCAGUAUUUCAGCCACCUGCAGACCCAACAAGCAGACCCACAGCCGUCGCCUGUCCCUUCUGCAAUCCCCUUCACAGAAUCAUUGAUUCUCCCACCAUUGCUGCCUCUAAAUUCCUCUCACGCGGCGAUGAACGAUCUACUGGCAUCGCUAGUAUAUGACGAGGAGCUACGCGAUGGUAGUGUCUCGUAG